AUGCAGCAGUGCUACAGCGUUGUCAACAGUUUUUUUUAAACAAUAACCAGUCGGUUUAGUUUUCGGCGGUGUUAAAUCCCUUUAAACGCUGUUUUGGAGCAGAGGUGCGUUUUCAGAAGGCAAUUUAAAGAUGAUAUUUUAGCUCCACACGUUGCUGAUGUGCUACGCUGAGGGAGCAGAGGUGCAGAAACCAGAUACCAGAAGGCAAUGGAAGAGUUUUUAUUGUCUUCUGCAGGAGGGAAUUAAUGCUGGAAAAUAGUCCAUUUGUCUAAUUCUUCUAUGCCUCAUACACACCUGUUACACUGGUGCCUGAAUAGGAAUAGAGGAGGCAAAGUACACCAUCAGAAGAGGCAGGGCUUAGAGCUGAGCCUCUCCUCUAAAGCAAGUCACUGAGUUUGCCUCUUUGCUUCAGUGCGAUCCUUUCCACCAUGUUUGCUUCAAUUAUUUUACUGUGGAUCUGCGUGAUCUUCAUCAUCCUUCAACUGAAGUCUCGGAGACCCAAGAACUUUCCACCAGGACCCCCUAUCCUGCCCAUAUUGGGAAACAUUUUGCAGAUAAGCCUAGAGAACCCCCUGAAGGACUUUGAGAGGCUGAGAAAGACUUAUGGAAAUGUCUACAGUCUGUACUUGGGCCCCAAACCGGCUGUUUUCAUCAACGGGAUGGAGGCCAUGAGGGCGGCCAUGGUGACCAAGGCCAAUGAUUUUGCUGGACGACCCCAAGACCUGUUAGUCAAUGACACCACCAACAGAAAAGGAGUGAUCCUGGCAGAUUACGGCCCCAGCUGGAAGGAGCAUCGCCGCUUUGCUCUGAUGACUCUGAGAAACUUUGGCAUGGGGAAGAAUUCAAUGGAAGACAGAAUCCAUGGAGAGCUACAGUACAUCAUGAAGACACUGGAGGAGAGCGCUGGCAACAAAUUCAGUCCUCAGCUCAUGUUUCAUAAUGCGGCCUCUAACAUCAUCUGCCAGGUUCUUUUUGGUACUCGCUAUGACUACGAUGACGAGUUUAUUAAAGUGAUUGUCAGCUGCUUCACUGAGAAUGCAAAGAUAGCCAAUGGACCAUGGGCCAUGCUGUAUGACUCUUUUCCCAUGAUUCGCACCCUGCCACUGCCCUUCAGGAAGGCCUUUAAGAAUGUUGAGACUUGUCAGAAGCAUGCCAGACGUUUGUUGGCAGAGCACAAAAAGACCAGAGUCCCUGGAGAUCCACGGGACUUUGUUGACUGUUAUCUGGAUGAACUUGAUAAGAGGAGUGAGGAUCGUUCUUCAUUUUCAGAGGAACAGUUGCGUAUGUAUGCUCUGGACCUUCAUUUUGCUGGGACUGACACAACCUCCAACACCCUACUAACUGGUUUCCUUUACCUUUCAACGUACCCACACAUACAAGAGCGCUGUCAGCAGGAGAUAGACUCUGUGUUGGAAGGAAAAGAUCGGGUCAGUUUUGACGACAGACACAGCAUGCCAUUCAUGCAGGCUGUGGUCCAUGAAGUGCAGAGGGUAGCCAACACCGUCCCACUGAGCGUCUUCCACUGUACCACAAAAGACACAGAGCUUCUGGGAUAUUCUCUUCCAAAGGGUACGCUGAUCAUCCCUAACCUGGGUUCAGUGCUGAAUGAGGAGGGCCAAUGGAAAUACCCUCACGACUUCAACCCUGAAAACUUCCUCAAUGACAAGGGAGAGUUUGUUAAACCAGAGGCCUUCAUGCCUUUCUCUGCAGGUCCUCGUAUGUGUCUCGGGGAAAGUCUGGCCCGUAUGGAGCUUUUUCUCAUCAUGGUGACGCUGCUGAGGAAGUUUAAGUUCAGCUGGCCUGAGGACGCAGGAGAGCCAGACUACACUCCGGUCUAUGGAGUCACUCUGACUCCACAUCCCUACAGCAUGAAAGUCCAGCUCAGAGCAGCGCAGUAAGGCUGUCUGCAGAAACAGUGGAGAAUGCGCCUGAAUGACACAGACAGCUACUACAGGGACAGUUCAGACAUUAUGGAGGGAGGAUGUAUGGAGUGUUUCUUAGAACUGAGUGUUAAACAGUUGAGAUGAAAUAUUUCGGAUUGUCUUUUUUUACAUCAAUUUAAACAAAAAACAGGUUUUCUUACAUCAAGCUGAAGCAGUGAAAAUAGCCCAAAUAAACACUGUACACUUCAGCAGCAAGACUUUUAUUUGUAGGACUUUUAAAUAGGUUAAGGGGCAUGUUUCUCAUGAGCCUUUCUGCAGUCAGACACAGCUUAGCUUCCAAAGAGCUUAUUUGGCAAUGGUCAUGCUGACUGUCAUCUACUACAGUAUACUCACUACUGAAAAGUACCUCAUACAACCAUGACAAAAAACCCUGAACGAUUCCUUUAAGUACCUCAUACAACCAUGACAAAAACCCCUGAACUAUUCCUUUAAGUACCUCAUACAGCUCUUCAAAUAAAUAGAAAUCAGGCCUCUUGUGCUUCCAGUAAUGGCACAAAACAACAGUGUUAACCCAGCGAUGUGACAACAUUUUAUCUGUUUAGGCUUUACUACAAUUGCAUUAUCUACUGUGACGCAUUCAGGCGUCUAGCCAACUAUGGUUUUCUGAUUCUAAACUCUUUGUCAAUAUUAUUGCAACAGCAAUAAGAAACUCUAUAUAUCUUGACCUAUCUUGCCCCAAAAAGAGGAAAAGGAUAUAUGUUUUUCACUGUAUGAGAUCAGGCCAGUCUACAGGAUAUGUGUGGGGACGUGUCAAUUCGGGCCAAUUAAAUUGGUAGGCUUUGACCGCUCAUCUUUCAUUAGCUCUCAAAAAAUCCACAAACCUCUUUAGACUAUAUCACCGACUAAUGCCUUAAGCUUAAAUAAACCAUCAUUAUUUUAUGCUUGGUCACAUGAUGCUAAUGCUGGUUAAAAGCUGCUGAAACGAUGGAAUAAAUCACCACAAUCUCCUCAACUACUGCAUACUGGAAACAACACAACAACCACUGAAGUUUAUAAUGGUUAUGGACAUGUCAGAGACAACUUAGGGAAACACCCACUCAGUGACCGUCAUUAUGCUACGUUACAAAGCCUAUAGAAAAAAUACCCAGCAUUAAUGUUCAGCGUCAUGGGCACAUACUUAAAGGCUCAGGUUCAGACCUUACUACCUUAACUGUCUUUUCAGCUACUUUUUCCAGCAAAUAAGCAUUACAUAUAUAGUACGUACAGAAAGAUGAUGUUUCACCCUGUUAUUGAUUUAAUACAUCAAUCAUGGCCAUUAUAAUUUAACUGUUUAGUUUAAUCAGUAAAAAGGCAAAAAUCCAAGGAGGGUGAAUAUCUGUUAUAGGCACUGUAUAUGAUGGUCUAAAACAACCAACUACAAUCACAUCCACAAACACAGUUUGUAUAGUGGGGACAUUAAUAGAUGCAUUAUUUUUGCAUCAAAAAAAUCAUGCUUAUGCCCUUUAACUGCUUAUGUGUAAGUAUAAAUAUAUAACAAGAAGGUAUUGCACUAGUAUGAUGGGUAUUGUUGCACUAGAAUAAAUGUAAUUUUUGCUAUGGGAUGAAUUUAAUUAUUGCAACAAGUCUUAAAGCUAUGGGCUCUAUGCACAAACUGCUUCCGUAUUUGGCAUUAGACCGCUCCCACACUUCCAGUUGGGAGAAGAGAAUGGGGUAUGAUGGCAAAAUCGUUGCGGUUUACUCGCUGUUUGCAUGAGUUACCUGAGCUGACUGUCAAUGAUGAGUUAAGUUUAGCUGAAGAUGUACAUUUCAGCACACAGCAACGAUGUCCAGAAGUGCUUUAACCUGUUUUUGAAACAUCAUUUUAGCAUGUUUGGAUGCCAAGCGAUGAUGGUAGAGUAAACACAAACAACAAUCGAAACAAAAAAAACCCUACAAAACUGACAAAUUAAGGCAGUAUAGGAGGGUUUAGAUUCCGUUUUGGCCUAGCAUGUAUCGUUAGGCUGAAGUUGAGAACCGGUCUUAUUUUCCACCGGAAAUAUGCCACCCCCUGCCGUGCAUAGAGCCCAUUUUAUGUAAUGAGCUGCUUUUUGCCUUUGUAGUGUGCAUUCCAUGAAGUAAGAAUAUUGUGUUGCUGCAUAUGUGUUCUUUAAUGAGACUGUAAGCCCCAGACAAAUUGAGCUCAACAGUGUGGUGCCGGAUGUGAAAAUCACAUUCAUUUUCUCUGGUGUGGAUUUGAUUAUCAGGCUUAUUCUAAGACAUGUCUGAGUCAGACAUGCCAUCAAUACCUGAGUGUAAAACAAUGGUAUAUUCUCCUGUAGAAGACGAAAGUUUGUAUGAAAUUUAACUUUUUUUUUAAAUUAAUUUAUUUAUUGUUUUAUAGAAACAUGUAGUUUAUGUCUACCUCUGUGCUGAGAGUACCCAAAAUCCUAGUGUGACAGUAAUGUCCCUGAUUGGUGGAGUCUCUAGUUACCAUGGAAAUGUCUGCCACGGCAGCUAAAGACUGCUAUUGACUGGUGAUGGAGUCCAUUCGUACCACUGCAGUAUGAAGCAAUUUAACCGCUACUACAACAUAUAAGGGCAUUAUUAUCUAAAAUGUGAACUCUACAAUAAAGGUAAGGGUACAAAAAGUCGCAUAAAUGGUUUGAAAGCUUGAAAAACUAUAUUUAACAACAAACAACAGAAAUUCUAAUGCAUUAUGGGAUUCGCAGUCUCGUCAUCCUUCUAAGAAAGCACAGUCUUGAACCUUUGCCUUUUUCUCCUUUUUCAUAUGUUUAUUUUUGCACCAAAUCAAAUGUUUUUAAAUCACCAUACACCAUUUCCACCACAUGGUGGAUUUGAAUGGCACAUUUUUCUCCUGGGACCAGAACUGCCAAAAACGAUGGGCGGAUACUGUUGAGCUCAGUUUUGUCUAAAAGUGUCCCAAAACAAGAAAUCGUUAUAUCCAUAUUGACAUAGCCAUUCUGAUGUCAUAGUAACAAUGAAAGGGUGCAAGGGGCGCAAAACAAUUUGCCAACAUUAAAAGAUUUUUAAAAAUUUAAACUGAUUUUACUCUUUGUGGAUACUGAUUUUUGUAGAGUAAAUUGGAGCACCAGAUUAUAAAACAAUGUGUUCUUGGAACCUGUGUGUAUGUACUUACUACCGUCUUGUGUUUUUAAAUAACCGUCUUCAAUAUGUAGCCUAUAGAUACUAUUUCAUAUUUUCAGUGUUACUUUAUCUAAUGAAAAUUUAAAUGUUGACACUUGUGUAAACUUUGAAAUUAACCCCUUAAGGCCUGAAAACAAAAAUAAUAAAUAAUAGCCAGAAAAUUCAAAUUUUUUGGAACUGAAAUGUUCAUUUAACUUUCUACUGAA